GAAGCCCCUGAUGCUGCACCUCACAGGGAGCAGCUUGGUCCGGAAGACAGAUGUGGUUGCCCUGCCGCCGGCUUUCUUCCAAAUGGGCGGGGAGGCUCUGAAGGUGGCGAUGUGUGUUGUGGCGCUGCUUCUCCGGAGGGCAUUCGGUUUGUCCGCCGUGGUGUGGAACGGCUGGAAGCACACAGCCAGCUUCGCCAUCCCAGCUGCAGUCUACCUUCUGAUGAAUGUGCUAACUGUCAGCGCUGCUCGGAUGCUGAAUCCCCCCAUGCUCCAGCUCUUGGCCACCAUCAAGAUACUCUUUACGGCUGCGGCUUCUUGGCUUCUCAUGCAGAGGAGGCUCCAGCCGAUCCAGUGGUUCGCCCUCGUGCUGCUCACCGUAGGUGUGGCGCUGGGCGGCCAAGGGCGUACCCUCCAAGAUGGUCAAGAGAUUCCUCAGGCCCCAGUCUUGGGCAUCGUGCUCAUGGUGAUCAACUCUGCGCUGUCGGCGCUGGGGGCCGUUAGCACUGAGAUGGCUUUGAAGAUGCGCACCAGUGCAGACUUCACCAUCUUUGCUACCAAUCUGCACCUCGCCCUCCACAGCCUGGCGCUGACGGGCUCCGGCCUCCUGAUCUGGCCGUCCGAGCCCCCCCGCCUCGAUGCGCUCCACUGGUCCGACAUUGCAGCCCUCUUCAACGAAGCCAUCAACGGAAUACUCAUCUCCCUGCUCAUGCGGCAGAUCGAUAGUAUCGCUAAGAACUAUGCCUUCAGUGCGUCGAUCUUUGUUACUGCAGGGAUGACCUCUGUGGUGUUGAGGCAACAACCUCCGUGGCAGUUUCACCUGGGCGCCCUGAUCUCGGUGGUCUCUAUGGCUCUCUACGCGAGGGCCGGAGCGAAAGCUCCACCAGACGGGAAGAAGUCUGCGUAA